CAUAUCUCAGCUAAAUAUUGUCCAAUCCCAACAAACCAAUCAUCAAUUUAGAGCUAAAUUAUUUUAUUCUUAUGAUCUUGAAAACUCAUUUAAACUCCAGUGACCAAGUGUAGGAAGUCUAUAGGAAGUAUAUUUUCCAUAUUUUCCUAUUUCUGUGUCACCUUUGUUUUGUCAUUUGCAAUGCAAAGCGGCGUCAUUCGGGUUUUUGCAAGAGACAGAUUACCAUUGUAAAAAAAAAAGAGGCUGGACUUGUGUGUAAUGAAGUAAUAUUCAGUCUAUUUGCAUUCAGCUGAGUGUUUCAGCUGGUUUACCAAGCAAAGGUGUGGCGUUGGCUGUUCAUUACACACAUGCACACACACACAUACACAGAAAGAGUGACAGAGAGACGCAAACACAACCAGAAACCUUCUGUCCGUCAGCAGGUCAUAGUUGAGUUUCGACUGACAAAACUUCACACGAAACCAAAGGAUAAAGAUGAACAGAACGGAAAAGAUCUACGACAAUGUCUCUCAUGUCAACUAUGGUUUCCAUGAUGAGGAGCAGCGGCCACCUCCAUUUGCACCGUCUUCCAGAGUAUACCCGGCUUUAUCUCAGUACCCCGGUCCUCCAAACCCUCGGUAUCAACCUCAAAAUCCCCAUGUGCUUUCACCUUCAGAGAGAUUCUCACCUGCGCACAGCCUGCCUCACUACACACCUCAACCAGCACCCAUUAACACUCACCAUACAGUCACACCCACAGUCUACCUGGACACCAAUCCAGUCCACAAAGUUUCCAGGAGAAAAAAAUGGCCGUAUAUCGUGGGCACAGUCAUCACCCUGCUGGUCAUUGCUGGAGUCGUAGUUGCAGUGCUUUGGUUUUAUGGUGUGUUUGCAUGUUUGCAAGGACGGAUGUGUGAAGCAGAUAAGAAGUGUGUCAGUGUGUCGCUGUGGUGUGACGGUACGGUGGACUGUCCGUCAGGAGAAGAUGAAGCUCAAUGCUAUCGUCUGUACGGACCUAAUUUCCUCCUUCAGAAGUACUCAAAUGUGAGCGCUAAUUGGAAAAAUGUGUGUUCAGAUGGAUUUAAUAACAACCUGGCCAAGCAAGCCUGUGAGGAGAUCGGAUACAAGGACACAUAUUCGAGUUAUCUGGGGAUUUACUCACCAUCGCUUGACUACAUGUUGGUGAACAUUCUUUCUUUUCUUUCCAAUCUGAACAUGAGCACAUGUUUUGUUUGCAUUUGAUUUCUUUUUACCAUUAGAUUUUCU